AUGUCUUCCAUUAUUAUGCCAACGUCGCCACAACCAUCGCGGAUGACGGCGAUCCAGGUCACCAAGAAAACAGUUCCGAGGUGUCACGUGUGCAAGGCGAGGCUCAAGAUACACGAAGGAAAGCUGUGUUCGUGUUCCAUGCUCCUUUGUAUGAAGCACCGAUACAAGGCCGACCAUUUUUGUCCGGCUGGGAAAGUCGUACACCAAAUGGAUAAAGUCGAGCCUCGAAAGGUAGAACAGAUAUAA